AUGUUGCAGAGGCAAACCAGCGUUUUCCACUGGAACAAUGUUUGCUACGAAGUCAAGGUCAAGGGCGAGACACGACAAAUUCUCAACAAUGUCGACGGCUGGGUCAAGCCUGGAACUCUGACGGCUUUGAUGGGCGUCUCGGGUGCCGGAAAAACGACCCUUCUCGACUGCUUGGCCGAUAGAACCUCCAUGGGCGUCAUCACUGGCGAGAUGCUUGUUGACGGCAACCCUAGAGACACCUCAUUCCAGCGCAAGACGGGUUAUGUCCAACAGCAGGAUCUCCAUCUCCAGACAACAACGGUUCGCGAGGCCUUGAACUUCAGCGCUCUUCUCCGCCAACCUGCUCACGUCCCGCGUGCCGAGAAGCUUGCGUACGUCGACGAGGUUAUCAAGCUCUUGGAGAUGGAGGAUUACGCCGAUGCCGUCAUUGGUGUCCCUGGUGAAGGUCUGAACGUGGAGCAAAGGAAGCGUCUCACCAUCGGUGUCGAGUUGGCCGCAAAGCCGCCUCUGCUUCUGUUCGUUGAUGAGCCGACUUCUGGUCUCGACAGCCAAACGUCGUGGGCUAUUCUGGACCUGCUUGAGAAGUUGACCAAGAGCGGCCAAGCUAUUCUUUGCACUAUCCACCAGCCCUCAGCCAUGCUUUUCCAGCGCUUCGAUAGACUUCUCUUCCUGGCCAAGGGUGGCAAAACGGUCUAUUUCGGCGAUAUUGGAGAGAACUCUAAGACUAUGACCUCCUACUUCGAGCGCAACAGCGGUGUUUCUUGCCCACAGGAGGCCAACCCGGCCGAGUGGAUGCUUGAGGUUAUCGGCGCUGCCCCGGGAAGCACCAGCAACGUCGACUGGCACCAGACGUGGCGCGACAGCCCUGAGUAUGCCGGUGUCCAAACCGAGUUGCAACGCCUCAAGGCCGACGUCAAGGAGUCCACCCCGGUUAGCAAUGACCCCGGUAGCUACCGCGAAUUCGCCGCCUCUUUUACCCAACAGCUUGUUCAGGUCACCCAUCGUGUUUUCCAACAGUACUGGCGCACCCCAUCUUAUAUCUACUCGAAAGCUGCGUUGUGUGUUUUGGUUGCGCUCUUCAUCGGCUUUGUCUUCUUCAAGGCCCCCAACACCCAACAGGGUAUGCAGAACCGUAAGUCAUAUUUCUCAUUCCCCCUCCUCCCUCCGACCGCUUCUCUCCGGGUUGCGUAA